UGAUGGAUCCCAAAGAUGUUUUUUAUCUUCUUUCUUAUUCUUCCAAAGGAAUGUACGGCUUCAGCAGUGGCAUAACUAGAAAUGACUGGGCCCACAGCAAAUUGUUUUUCAGGCCACCAAAAUGUCUAGAAUUUGACCUCUUUUACCAAUAUUUAUUGAAACUGUAUAUGAAUUAGGGCCUGGUGGAGCCCCUAUACUUUCUGUGCCACAUUGCAGCUUCAGGGUUUGCUUCCUCUGUAGUUAUGCCACUGGUCUUCAGUUAAUGAACCCUUCAAGCUUGCUGUAUAUUUAUGGGUGUACCUGGUUAAUGUUUAAAUCAGAGGUCUGCUAAAAAGCAAGCCGCAUUAAUUUAAAAAGUAAGCUUUUCACCAGUCUGCUGGGCACUGCUGCUUGCAUAUAUGUGUGAAUGCUUUUGAGGUAGUAACACCUGGACGGUACACACCACCAACAAAGAUACCAUUCCAGAUGAUAGAGUUUUGUACUUUUUACUGCCACUGUUCUUUUUGUAAAGGAAGGAGACCAUGCUCUUCCCCCCCUCCCAAUUGUACCCCUCUCCUCAGUCAACCUCUUUCUCCUUCCCAAACUACCAGCACGUGAUGCUGCUGCUCCUGCUGCUGAGAUGUGUGUGUCACUUCAGGCCAUAAAAGUGAAGCGAGGGAGAGAGAGAACAAAAGGCAGAGAGGAGUAUAAAUCCACAGCUGGAAUCUCACACACACUAACAAGCACCGGACAGCUCCUCCGCUCACUCUCACACACUCACACACUCAGCAGCAAGCAGGGAAUGAGCCGGAGCUAUAGACAAAGACACUUACACACACUAACAGGGAAAAUACUUGUGUAAAGGAGUCAACAAUAACUCACACUCAGCCUGCAGCUUGUAAGGAUGCAUCUCCUCACCCUUCUACCUGCACUGUGUGUGCUUGGGACUCACUCAGCCCCUCUAUCACACAGGGACCUCCAGCACACAAGUCAGGAAAGCUCCCAGAAAGAUCAUGGCAGGUUGCAACCCCUAUCAUUUUUACAUUAUCCUCAUACAAAGGGGCUGCUCAAUGCUCCCGGUUCAUGGAACCCCCCACGUUGUGGAGUACCAGAUAUCCCUGCCCCAAUAGAUUCAUCCAGUGGUCAUAAUCGUCAGAAACGUUUUGUUCUGUCAGGAGGACGCUGGGACAAGACAAACCUGACGUACAAAAUCAUCCGUUUCCCAUGGCAGCUAAGUAAAGUGAAAGUGAGGCGCACUAUUGCAGAAGCCCUAAAGGUAUGGAGUGAGGUCACCCCUUUGACUUUCACUGAGGUGCAUGAAGGACGCUCUGAUAUCAUAAUUGACUUCACACGGUACUGGCAUGGAGAUAACCUUCCAUUUGAUGGUCCAGGGGGUAUCUUGGCACAUGCUUUCUUCCCAAAAACCCAUCGGGAGGGGGAUGUACAUUUUGAUUACGAUGAAGCUUGGACCAUUGGAAACAAUAUAGGUAGAGACCUACUUCAAGUAGCUGCUCAUGAGUUUGGUCAUAUGCUUGGCCUGCAGCAUUCUUCUGUCUCCAAAUCGCUCAUGUCACCAUUCUACACAUUCCGUUACCCACUAAGCCUUAGUGCAGAUGACAAGCAUGGCAUACAGUUUUUGUAUGGGGCUCCACGUCCUCCGACCCCUUCCCCAACCACUAGGGUGAAGGUCAACCAGGUGGAAAAUGAGAGUAAUGAGAUUCCUGCUGCAGAGCCUGAUGCAUGUAACACUAAUUUCGAUGCAGUGUCUACAAUUCGUGGAGAGUUAUUCUUCUUCAAGUCUGGUUAUGUGUGGCGCCUUCGUGGUGGGAAACUGCAGAAUGGCUACCCAGCCCUGGCAUCACGCCACUGGCGAGGGAUCCCUGACACAGUUGAUGCAGCGUUUGAAGAUUCUGUGGGAAACAUCUGGUUCUUCUAUGGCUCACAGUUUUGGGUUUUUGACGGGAAGCUGCAGGCCUCGGGGCCCUUUCCAAUUACUGACAUCGGCAUAUCAGUACCACAGAUUCAGGCUGCUUUUGUGUGGGGUACAGAGAAGAAUAAGAAAACCUACCUGUUUAGGGGUGGAGAGUACUGGCGAUUUAACACAGAAACUAGAAGAGUAGAAAGCUGGCAUUCACGUAGCAUUGGAGACUGGAGAGGGGUACCAAAAGGCAUUGAUGCUGCCUUUCAGGAUGAACAAGGUUAUGCGUAUUUUGUAAAAGGACGACAGUACUGGAAGUUUGAUCCAUUGAAAGUUCGUGUCAUGGAGGGGUAUCCUCACCUAAUCAGUAAGGAUUUUUUCAACUGCCAAGAAAGCUCUUUAUCUGUUAAUUCCUUAACAUGAGCUGGCUCAUGUUUCUUACCUAGGAUUGCUACUCUGUAAUACAGACCCUGGCAGGACCACAGGGCCCCAAUCUGACUCACUGAUUUACAAUUCAGCAUCUGAAUCUUACAUACAGCAUUUGGAAUGUGAACCCUCAAAUAUCCAGCUACGUUGAAUGGGAAAUACAAACAGAUUUUUAACAUGUUGGAGAAGAGCAUAUUUGUAUUGAAUUUCUCCAGGAAUUUUACCUAGGAUGGAAAUCAGCCUACUCAAACACUUUCCAGAAUUAAAAGACUGUGCAGUGUGUCCCGGGUAGAGUCCUGCAGUGGGUCGGGUACCCGCAAGUUACUCGCAAAAACCUGCGGGUUGCGGAUAGAAAUUCUGGGUGCGGGUAUAGACGCGGGUUGGCGGUUCUGCUGGUUUGCAUGUCGGGCUGCGGGUCUUCUCAAUAUCGAUAUUUACUCCUUUUUUCUGGCCACGUCUACUUCCGAUGAUGUCACUUCCGGUUUACGAUGACAGAACUUCCUGUUUUACUCCUUUUUUUCUGA